AUGAUCCUGUGGCUGAAUUUGGUUUCCUUACUAGCAGUCCUCAGAGGUGUCCUGUCAGAGGCCCAGCUGGUGGAGUCCGGAGGGGAUGUGAGGAGGCCUGGAGAGUCCCUCCGUCUCUCCUGUCAAGCCUCUGGCUUCACCUUCAGCAGCUACUACAUGGUCUGGGUGAGACAGGCCCCUGGAAAAGGACUGGAGUGGGUGGCAUGGAUAAGCUCUGGUUCUGGUUCCAGUACUUACUACUCGGACAAAGUGAAGGGACGGUUCACCAUCUCCAGGGACAACUCCAAAAGCCAAGUCUAUCUGCAAAUGAACAGCCUGAAGCCGGAGGACUCGGCAGUCUAUUACUGUGCAAGACACACAGUGAGAGGAAGUGAGUCUGAAGCCUGGCAAAAACCUUCCCUUCCUCAGAGCCGCUCUGCCAGUGACCAGUCUGAGGGCCAGUUGGUGGAGUCUGGAGGGGACGUGAGGAGGCCUGGGGAGUCCCUCCGUCUCUCCUGCCAAGCCUCUGGAUUCACCUUCAGCAGCUCUUGGAUGAGCUGGGUGAGGCAGGCCCCUGGAAAAGGACUGGAAUGGGUGGCUUACAUAACCUCUGGUUCCGGUACUCCCUACUCGGACAAAGUGAAGGGACGCUUCACCAUCUCCAGGGACAACUCCAAAAGCCAACUCUAUUUGCAAAUGAACAGCCUGAAGCCAGAGGACUCGGCAGUCUAUUACUGUGUGAGGGACACACUGAGAGGAAGUUACUGGUACCACCUUCUCUAA